AUGCCUCCUAUCGAUAUGACCAAUCCUGCUACAAUCAAAUUCUUCAUAGAAAAUUACGAGAAGACCGCCCGUCUUCGAAUGAGAUGGAAUAACCUUUAUUGGGACAAGUUGAACAAGGCUGCUAGUCUAACCCGAGAAGAGAAAGGAUAUCGGGUUGAAGACGUUUUGAAAGAAACUAUGACCGGAGGGUUACCAACUAUAACAAGAGAUAAUCAAUCUGGUGCGAGGAACAAGAGAAUGAUACCAAUCCGCGACGGGGUCUUUAUACCAGGUAUUAAAGACAUGAAGAAGGGACAUUCGAUUGCUGAAGUUGGUCUUGCAGAUCCUAAAAAGGAUCCGACGGUUAAUCGGCCAGAUACUGACCUCAAACCAGACCCAAAAAUGCGGCCUAUUCAUCCGAAGCACAAAAAACUUAUCUACAAAGGUCUUCCGAACUUUGGACGAGAAGUCUACUUAAAGGAAAGAAAUAAAAUGGCUCCUGAAGACAAGUAUUAUUUUCUAGAAACAACUGGCUGGGAAUAUGGAUGGCGACUUAGCGACAGUUACUUCGGUAGACAUGCACCUCAGUAUGGACGUGUGUGGCUACUGACUCGCGGCGCCGUAUCCCGCAGCGGUGCGCAACCAGAUCCGGACCACUACCAAACCAUAAAACUACCGGGACCAAAUAAGUGUAAUAUGUAG